AGAGCCUGGAGGAGGAGCCUCUGCCAGAGUGGAGAGAAGCAGGCCUGAGCCUCCCCACAGGCAGCUCCUGGGGACUCCCAGGACCACAGGCUGAGACAAGACGCAGGGUGGCUGGAGGAAGUGAGAGGUGAACUCAGCCUGGGACUGGCUGGGCAAGACUCUCCACCUGCUCCCUGGGACCAUCGCCCACCAUGGCUGUGGCCCAGCAGCUGCGGGCCGAGAGUGACUUUGAACAGCUUCCGGAUGAUGUUGCCAUCUCGGCCAACAUUGCUGACAUCGAGGAGAAGAGAGGCUUCACCAGUCACUUUGUUUUCGUCAUCGAGGUGAAGACAAAAGGAGGAUCCAAGUACCUCAUCUACCGCCGCUACCGCCAGUUCCAUGCUUUGCAGAGCAAGCUGGAGGAGCGCUUCGGGCCAGACAGCAAGAGCAGUGCCCUGGCCUGUACCCUGCCCACACUCCCAGCCAAAGUCUACGUGGGUGUGAAACAGGAGAUCGCCGAGAUGCGGAUACCUGCCCUCAACGCCUAUAUGAAGAGCCUGCUCAGCCUGCCGGUCUGGGUGUUGAUGGAUGAGGACGUCCGGAUCUUCUUUUACCAGUCGCCCUAUGACUCAGAGCAGGUGCCCCAGGCACUCCGCCGGCUCCGCCCACGCACCCGGAAAGUCAAGAGCGUGUCCCCACAAGGCAACAGCGUUGACCGCAUGGCAGCUCCGAGAGCAGAGGCUCUAUUUGACUUCACUGGAAACAGCAAACUGGAGCUGAAUUUCAAAGCUGGAGAUGUGAUCUUCCUCCUCAGUCGGAUCAACAAAGACUGGCUGGAGGGCACUGUCCGGGGAGCCACGGGCAUCUUCCCUCUCUCCUUCGUGAAGAUCCUCAAAGACUUCCCUGAGGAGGACGACCCCACCAACUGGCUGCGUUGCUACUACUACGAAGACACCAUCAGCACUAUCAAGGACAUCGCGGUGGAGGAAGAUCUUAGCAGCACUCCCCUAUUGAAAGACCUGCUGGAGCUCACAAGGCGGGAGUUCCAGAGGGAGGACAUAGCUCUGAAUUACCGGGACGCUGAGGGGGAUCUGGUUCGGCUGCUGUCGGAUGAGGACGUAGCGCUCAUGGUGCGGCAGGCUCGUGGCCUCCCCUCCCAGAAGCGCCUCUUCCCCUGGAAGCUGCACAUCACGCAGAAGGACAACUACAGGGUCUACAACACGAUGCCAUGAGCUGACGGUGUCCCUGGAGCAGUGAGGGGACACCAGCAAGAACCUUCAGCUCUCAGAGGAGAUUGGGACCAGGAAAACCUGGGAGGAUGGGCAGACUUCCUGUCUUUGAGGCUAAUGGACCCAUGGGGCUUGUAAUCUGUCUCUUUCUACUAUUUACAUCUGAUUUAAAUAAACCAUUCCAUCUGAAAGGGG